GGCUGGGGUUUAAAUCAUGAUGGAUAUCGUCGAUGUUUUCCCAGCUCUGUGGUUAUGUCAGUGUGGUUUUCUGGAGCAGGAGGAGGGACGUUUGCUCUCAGGUCUUGACAGUUAGCUAGCUGCUGUAUGCUAAUAUAAGUACACCAACGGGACUGAAUGCUGUUAUGGACAAGAGGUGGUCCCUCCGACCCCAGUAUGUCACUCCAACGUUCACUGCUGUCAGGUUCUGGGGUUCGGAAGAAGCUCGUGCAUAGGGGUAGACGGGUUGCACCAGCUCUUUGAGGAUCAAAUUAAAUCGGGGCACAGCGACCACAUCAAUCCGGACAAAACUAGGUCAGGCUGAAUCAGAGCAGAUCAGAGCAGACCCCGCUGAUCCAGGCGAUCCCCGGCCCGUUCCAGUUUCAUAUCCAGUUGAGGGCCCAAGAGUGGAUGGAAGGAGAUGAUUUUAACACAGAGGCUGUGAUGAACAUCUGUGAUGACCUGAUGGCAGACCAAAGGAUGGACAUCUCGUCUACAAUGACCGACUUCAUGUCGCCCGGCUCCACCGACCUCAUCUCCAGCUCCAUCAGCACGCCCGGCAUGGACUACACCCGCAAGAGGAAGGGCAGCACCACCGAUUACCAAAUUGAUGGCUUCUCAUUUGAUGACAUGGAUCCAGACAAAGACAAACUGGGAGGUGACCAACAGGGCCGGAUUAAGAAUGCCAGAGAGGCUCACAGUCAGAUCGAGAAGCGGCGCAGGGACAAGAUGAACAGCUUCAUCGAUGAGCUGGCCUCUCUGGUGCCCACCUGCAACGCCAUGUCCCGCAAACUGGACAAGCUGACGGUGCUGCGCAUGGCCGUCCAGCACAUGAAGACACUAAGAGGUGCAGCCAACCCGUACACAGAGGCCAACUACAAGCCCUCCUUCCUGUCGGACGAGGAGCUGAAGCACUUGAUAUUGAGGGCGGCUGAUGGCUUCCUGUUUGUGGUUGGGUGUGACCGCGGGAAGAUCCUCUUUGUCUCUGAGUCCGUCUUCAAGAUUCUCAACUACAGCCAGAAUGACCUGAUAGGUCAGAGUCUGUUUGACUACCUUCACCCCAAGGACAUCGCCAAGGUCAAAGAGCAGCUGUCCUCUUCAGACACAGCCCCUCGAGAGCGGCUCAUCGAUGCUAAAACCGGUCUCCCAGUGAAGACGGACAUCACCCCCGGCCCGUCCAGACUCUGCUCUGGAGCCAGACGCUCGUUCUUCUGCAGGAUGAAGUGCAACAGGCCUUCCGUCAAAGUGGAGGACAAAGACUUCCCCUCCACCUGCUCCAAGAAGAAAGCCGAUCGUAAGAGCUUCUGCACCAUCCACAGCACGGGCUACCUGAAGAGCUGGCCCCCCACCAAGAUGGGUCUGGACGACGACAACGAGCCCGACAACGAGGGCUGCAACCUCAGCUGCCUGGUGGCCAUCGGCCGGCUGCAUCCCCACAUCGUCCCCCAGCCCAGCCUGGCAGACAUCCGGGUGAAGCCCACCGAGUAUGUCUCCAGACACGCCAUCGACGGGAAGUUUGUCUUCGUCGACCAGAGAGCCACAGCCAUCCUGGCCUAUCUCCCCCAGGAGCUGCUGGGAACCUCCUUCUAUGAGUAUUUCCACCAGGACGACAUUGGACACCUGGCAGAGUGUCACAGACAGGUGCUGCAGAUGAGAGAGAAGAUCAACACCAACUGCUACAAGUUCAAGAUCAAAGACGGCUCCUUCAUCACGCUGAGGAGCCGCUGGUUCAGCUUCAUGAACCCCUGGACCAAGGAGGUGGAGUACAUCGUCUCCACCAACACCGUCGUGUCGUGUCCUAUGAUGGAGGGACCGGACUACCCUCAGUCUGCUGCCUCCCCUCAGAGCAUGGACAGUGUUCUCACCUCAGAGGCAGGUGGAGGGAGGCGGGCGCUGCAGACGGUGCCUGGCAUCCCCGGGGGGACAAGAGCAGGAGCCGGGAAAAUAGGACGCAUGAUUGCAGAGGAGGUGAUGGAGAUCCAGAGGAUCCGAGGCUCCUCCCCCUCCAGCUGUGGCUCCAGCCCUCUGAACAUCACCAGCACCCCCCCGCCUGACACCUGCUCCCCAGGGGGCAAGAAGAUUCAGAACGGUGGGACACCUGACCUGCCAAACACAGGGAUCCUUCCUGGACCUGACUCGGUGGGCUACCCCUACUCCAACCAGUCCAUCAUGAGUGACAACUCCCACCUGAGUAUAGACAUCAUGGACGAGCCGGGCUCCAGCAGCCCCAGCAACGACGAGGCGGCCAUGGCGGUCAUCAUGUCCCUGCUGGAGGCCGAUGCCGGGCUGGGGGGGCCCGUGGACUUCAGCGACCUGCCCUGGCCUUUGUGAGGAAGCUGGGUGGAGAGGAGGAGGCGGGGACUCUGUCAGCAGAGCCGUGGUGAGAGAGUUCAGUCAGGGUGAAGUCUGACUGUUCCCCGUCCCCGACUCCCCCCCGCAGAGACAUCAUCUAACAGAUAUAUCAUCCAGUAGAGAGGCUGCAGGACUACAGGGGGGUCCUUCAGUCCGGACAGAUCACACCUACUCUUUUGUUCAUCAUUCCCUGUAGGGGGGACUGUUAUUAUACAGAAAUCCUCCCAAAGGUUAAGAUGAUUUCUACAGUGUUAGGGUCUGCACACUGUUUCAGCCGUGGGGGGGAGAUCUCUAGGUACAGGACCCGCUGCUAACAUGAAGGACUGGACUCUGUCUCACUAUGGCUCUGGGCCCCUUCACUGUCAGCCCCCUCCACACCAACACAGGACUCUGAGGCGUCGACUAACGCUGGCUGAAGUUUGUUGUGGGGCGGGGGGGGGGGGGUUGAUGCCGUACACACACGGCUAAGGUGCACCCCCCCAAACAUGUGUUGUACCGACUGACACACACACACAGAUUCACCUGAUGCUAGAGACUUUAUUCCCACACCACGACUCCACACUCUGUUCAGCUCCUUUCAAGAACACUCAGCUUCCUGCUGUUUCCUAAACCAACACCAACGUUAUGUUUUCUAAAAGUCACUCUACAGCUCCUCCUCACUAAAUCUGUUCCCACAAGACUGUAUUCUGAUACAGAAGUUACACAUUUUAAUGUUGUCAAAAAAUAAUACUCCUUAAGCUCAUUACAGGUCUUCACGAGUCCCAAAUAAAGGAGGCCCUCAGUAGUGACCCAGUGGGACACCUCAAACUAUUAGCAUCAGGCAGCAGCAGCUAACACGCUGGGCCUGAUCCUCUCAGAACCCAGGAUUUCUGUCCAUCGUGAGACACUCAGAGCCACUCUCACACACUCAACACUGGACACUCCCCACAGAGAUUCUGACUGAUAACAGAGGACACCUGCAAAUGUGAUAAAGCUCAGUCUGAUCAGAUCCAGGACAAAAACCAUUACCCUGAGUAUGAUGUGGACCCAGGUCCGUCAGCAGAGGGGUGCAGACCUGUGAAGACCUGCUCUGUUCAUUCCAAACCUUGAAGAGUCUGCUCUGACUGCUAAACAACACAGAACCAGACUUGGGUGAAGAGCUUGUUGGGGGGGGCAGGUUCCCCCGCUCUGCACCUCACACAGGUGGUCUGGUCACAGGGUCUCCACCCAUUCCUCCUCCCAUCACAGCAGAACCACAUGAAGCACUGACUCUGGAUAAGAUGGAAGUAUUUCUUUGCCUUAGUGAUCUGAAUAUUUCAAACUCGACGUAACGUUUCCCCCUCAGUACCUCGGACAGCGUUUAGCCCUGAAAAAUGAACAGCCCUGCCCUAAAUACCUCCAAGUCAAUUAAUGGCAGAUAUUUACAGGAUGAAAUAUCUGUUCAGCACUAACACACACACACACACACACACACACACACACACACACACACAGCAGUACUGCAACUACAUUCAAACUACCUAGCAGAGACAUGUCCUCGAGACAGGGAGACUUUGUAAUGGGGUUAUGUGCUGCCCCGGGGUCAGGAGGAGUUCUUAUAUCCUCCAUGAUUAUCUAACACAACCUCUCUACCUGCCAGCUGUCUGCUACACACACCUGCUGUCAGAGUGUAAUGUGAGGAGGACAUGUGGAGACGUCCUGCCUGUCCAGAGACAGUUGGAAUGAUUUAAUGUCCAAAAUGCAUGUGUGAAAAUGUGUUUCCAGUGUGGCCCUCCCCCUGAUUAUAUUAAUAAUGUUCAACAGGGAUUUUUUAUCUAUGUAUUUGUCGUAUAUCUGACAGUGAUUCUCAAAUAUAAAGACACAUUUAGAUUUACAAUUAAAAAGCUCUUGAUUGAGAACGAUAAUUGUGUGUGUGUGUGUGUGUGUGUGUGUGUGUGUGUGUGUGUGUGUGU